UGUCCAUCGAGUGAAACAAACAUACUCUAUAUUUCAUAGUUAGGCACCAAAAUAGUUGGUUUCGUCUUAGUAGAUUGUGGAUGUAUAAUAUCGUAGUUUGUGUACAUUUCACGCGCUGUUUGACCAAAGUUAGCCUGUUUAAGGAACUCAAAACAACACCAUGUCCACGCUGAGCAACAAAUCCGACCAAGAAAUAAGCGCACUUCUUGAUGAAUAUGGAAUAAAGCACGGACCGAUUGUGGAUUCAACCAGAUCGCUGUACGAAAAGAAGAUACAACAGGCCAUGGGUAAUAAGGGAAAGGCAAAACCAUCCUCCGACAAAACCUUCUACAGAGAAGAGGAGGAAGAAGUUACCUAUUUGAGCUAUAGGUCACCUUCUAUGAGUGAAGGCUAUGGAGACAGGGAACAAUACUCUCAUUCAGGCCAGGAGUACGCUCAAAGGAACCUUCAGGAUGCAAAUCCCUACUUACGAUCAAGGUCUGAGGUCUACAGGAGUCCAGAUGUUGUUGACAAGCACUACGACACACCUUUGACUUACAGCACUGCGUCCUACUCAAACGCCACCCCAGUGAAAUGUAGCGUGCCCGUUCCGGAGGAGAAGUCUCAUCGCCUCAUUCCACUUUGGGUACAGUUUCUGGUCUUUCUGAUUGUUGCAGUGUUUCUGUACUUUGUGAUUUGCAACAUGGAGUCCACACAUAGUGAGCCUUUUAAACAAGUAAAGUAAAUUCCCUCUGGAUUUUAAUGGGGAAUGCAGUGUUUCAUUCACCUUUUUAAUACUUUUUCAAAAGUAUGGAAUAAAUCCAAUCCCUCUAAACGAGGAAUAUGUACUUUGCCAGUCUAAAAACUAUUUUUCCAAAGCAACACUAUAGUAUAAAGCACAGAUUUGCUUUAUUAUUUAUGUACAGUUUCUUCAGUCCAUAUUGAUUAACCCUGGGGCCGUGGCAAGAACAAAAUAUUUCGAUCAGUCGUGUUGUUUUCCAUCUAUGUACAUAAAUGACCGAACUGUCAAGAACAGAAAUUGUAUUGUAUGACUGCUGAAAUGUUAGCAUUUAGUUGGGGAUUUUUUGAAUAAAUAAAUAAAGCGUUUUAGAAGGCAUUAGAAACAUUUAGUAGAAGCUUCUGGUGGCAGAAUCUGUUACAUUUGACACUUGUAUAAGAGAGCCUGUCACUUCCUUCCGAAAUUAGCAUUUGUACUGCGUAUUCCAUGUUGUAUUUCCUGACCAUUGUUGUUAUUCACUGCAUCUAAUACUUUACAUUAUUUAAAAUAAAUUUGAUCAACCCUAUAAAAUGCAGUUGUCAUUUUAAGUUAAAAAAACAAUUCCAUCACCUUCAUACCAAAUCGAAUGUGGAAAAAACCUACUACGAAGGGCAAACAAUAGCGUACUUCAUUUAAUAUUCAGCUUGCUCAGUUGCCACCUUAGUUGCCAAAAUGAAAUAUACAAUACAGCAUUAUCGGCGGAUUUAACAGUCAAACCUGUAUCUCUGAAAUAUAAAACCUGUUUAACACCAGUGGCUCCCAAUACACGGAGCGGUACAGUUGACGAUACUGUUUAUUUACACACUUAUUGCUAAAGGACUAGAAUAAUAGGGGUCGUCUCACUACUUAAACUAGAAAACGUCUAAUCCUUUAAGGAUCAUUUAUCUGUAGGAGAUAAGACAUGGGCGUAGUGGAGCUUGUUAGUGUUACUUAGUAAAAAUAAAUAAAACGUUGGACACCCUGUGUACAUACAAACUACACAUGGACACCUGAGGAACACAUUCUUUGCAGGUUCAUUCAAGUCGCUAUUACCAUUCUGCACAUUUAAACAUGGGAUUACAGCAAUAGCCUGAGUGAAUCUGAAGUCUAGUACGAGUUCAAUGUGGACUUCAUUUCUAAAUUCCUUGCAUCCUUGGUAGGUCUUCUAUAUCCAUGAUAUAAUACAGGAGGUCCGAACAUACUACAGUGAAACUGCCACCACACCCGCUGUCCUUUCCAAUUUAUCCACAAAGUGUGUCGUUUGUUUAACAUAGUUGUGGUUAGUGUUCAGCAUGACGGUACAUCUGGUCUUACUUAACGUCCCAUCCUCAAACUGCUUUUAGUACUUUAAAGAGGGGUUGUGGGGGUAGAGCGGGGUCUACCUAU